GAAGCAAGGGGCCGCUUGGACCUCUAUGUUUUAUUUUCCUUUUUGUACAAGCGGUGUUUGAAGGUGGCAUUCGAACUCAGGAUCUCCGAUGCAGAUAAAUGCUCGAAACUUAUCUAUUGAAUCUGUGAAGUUGGCAGCAAUGGCGUGGACCCAGCCUUAUCUCAAAAACGACAGAAAUCUUUGAGUUGUGCUGAUGUGGCCCUAUCCAUUUAAAAUUAGCCAAUAUCCAUAGAGCGAUAGACCUUGAACACAAACCAUAACCUUUCCUCUUCCACCCUAAGAAACUCAAAUUACCAAAUUAUCUUCGAGAUGGGAUCAAUGUCUUCUCCUCUGACAAUGAUUUCUCCACAACCACUGAAACAGUCGGCAGUGGCGGUCGGCCGGAGCCCCUCCCUCUUCAGAAUGCACUUUGAAAAGAAGAAACCGUCAACGGUGGUUGCUGCUAUUGGAGAUGUAUCAGCUAAUGGCACCCCUUACCUGAUUGCUGGUGCUGCUGCUGUUGCUUUGCUUGGAACUGCGUUUCCAAUCCUCUUCUCCCGGAAGGAUCUGUGUCCAGAAUGCGACGGAGCAGGUUUUGUUCGGAAGGGAGGGGCAACUUUGAGAGCAAAUGCAGCGAGGAAGGACGAGGCUCAGAUCGUCUGUGCUCGUUGCAAUGGCCUUGGCAAGCUCAACCAAGUAGACAAAAGAUAGAAUACUCUAUGCCUCUUCCUUCCCUUCACAUCCUUGUCUGUUUUGUAACUUUAAUCUCACCUGCUGUCAAAGCUUAAAAACAAGAUUUCUCUUCAACACUGUCGCAUAAAACCUUUGGUUAAUCAUCACCAUGCCAUAUAGUCCGUUUAUAAAAUGGAUUGUUGAUGUGUCAUCGAUAUUCUGUUGAUAUCAUUGUAGCCAAUGAAAUGUAUUGCCAUGUUAUCAAUAAUGUAUUGAUAAUAUUGAUGGUGUAUCACUCA